AAAAGGGGAUGUUUCAGAAGAUGUUGAAUCAGCAAAUGAAGAAUUAAGUAGGGUCUCUAAAUCAAUAAAAGUAGGAAGACAUAAAUCGGAGAGUGGUCACAGAAAUUGAAGAUGUGGAUUAGGAGAUGAAAACAAUGCAGGACAUCACAAAUUUAAAAGGUCAUUUGAAGAUGAAUCAAAUAGUCAAAUCAUCCUUCAGGAAAAAUAAGGAUGAAACUACUCCAUCCAUCUACAUUGGUAAAUUUGAGAAUCAAUUAAAAUAAAUAUAACAAUCGACAAUCAAAAAAUAAGGACGCAAACCACUCUCCAUUGAAAAGAACAGCACUAAAUCAGUAUUGAUGCCAGCAUCCACUGAAAGAUAUGAUUACUCCAAUUUCACCUACAUAAACCUCAAAGUUGUUGGAAGUGGCUCAUUUGGAGUUGUACACAAAGUAUACCAAUUUUCAAUAAAAGGCUAAAGUGAAUGAGACUGGCGAAAUUGUGGCCAUCAAGAAGGUUCUUCAAGAUCGUAGAUACAAAAACAGGGAAUUAUAGAUCCUAUAAGAAUUAGAUCAUGUCAAUGUACUCAAAAUGAAGCAUGCCUUCUACACUCCUGCUGAAAGCAAAGAUGAAAACUACCUCAACGUAGUUAUGGAGUACUUCCCUGACACACUUUACUCGUUCAACAAAUCAUACAUCAAGGACUUCAAAAGAAUGCCUGAUAUCCUAGUCAAACUCUUUAGUUACUAAUUAUUAAGAUCGAUUGCGUACUCCCUUAUAUAUAUUCUUAGAUACAUUUCAUUAUUGGGAAUAUGUCAUCGAGAUAUCAAACCCCAUAAUGUUUUAGUUAAUCCAGAAUCCAAUAAAUUAUAGUUAUGUGAUUUUGGGAGUGCCAAAAAACUAGUUAAAGGAGAACCUAACAUAGCAUACAUUUGUUCCAGAUGCUACAGAGCUCCUGAAUUGAUAUUUGGUGCAACAGAUUAUGACACCCAAAUUGAUGUUUGGUCUGUAGGCUGUGUCAUAGCAGAACUUAUCAAUGGAGAGCCAUUGUUUUUGGGAGAUUCGGCUGUUGAUUAAAUGGUUGAGAUUGUCAAAGUACUUGGAACACCAACAAGUGAUCAAAUACUAAGCAUGAAUAAAAACUAUGAUAUUCAAUCUAAUUAAUUUGCUAAGAUAAAACAGAGAGAUUGGAAAAAAGUAUAUUCUUUUAUUUAAUUAAGGUUCUUAAAACAAAAGAUACUAAGGCAAUUGAUCUAGUCUCAAAAUUACUCACUUAUUGUCCAAAGACUAGACUCACUCCAUUUAAAUCAUUAACUCAUCCUUAUUUUGAUGAACUCAGAGACAUCGAUUAAUUAAAGAGUCUUUAAAGCUAGAUGAAGAUUGCCAUACCUGAACUCUUCAAUUUCUCAAAUGGUAUUUAUUUCGAUAAUCCUCUUUUAGAAGAGAUUUAUAAAAUGACGUAAUAAGAAAGAAUGCAAUUAAUCCCUGAUUGGUAUGGGAUUUCAUCUAAAAUUGUAAAAACAGAAUAUUGAAUAAUAAUGAAUAUAUUUAUUUA